CCCCCAAAACUGGAUCAAAAUCAAUUCAAAAGGUGAUAUUCGUGAUCACCGUGAAAUUUUGCAUCGAAUGAUAUAGUUUUAAGUGAAAAAUAAGAACUUGCAAUUCUUUUGAAUUAGCGGCGCCUUAACAAAAAAAAAAUAUGACAGUUAAUAACACAAUACUUUUGUUUUGCUGGCUGCUUGUGAUCUCAUGAAAAAAAUAUAAAGACAAAAAUAUUAGACAUAAUGAAGGGUUUUGUUUUUCAUAUUUUUUUUCCAAUAGCUAACGGUAUGAGAAAAGAGAUAUCACUAAAUCAUUUCUGCAAUUGUUACAUUUUUUUUUUGUUUUAUUAUAAUUGUUUCAGACCAUCAACAUGACACAGGUUUCGUUUGAAAAAUUUGUUGAAUCUUUUGAAAAAUCAUUUGAGCAUGAAUCAUGUAUUGUUGUCGAAUUAAACAGUUCAAAUUUACUUUUACAAAAUACUAAUUUAUCAUCAGCACAAAAUGUUGAUUUUCAUCAUAAUCAAAUUGUUUGUCAACCACAUUUUACGAAUACAUCGUAUGAAAUUGCAUUCUAUGAUAAUGGUAUAGCCUAUUAUGAGAAGAUGACGGAACAAGAUAUAUUAAGACGUUUAAAAGUAUUAAAUCCAAAAAUUGAAUUUAAAAAUAUUAAAUCAGCUCUCGAUAGAAUACAUACAAUGUUAAGUGAAUCGACACAACGAGAUAAACAUGAAAUACAUGUGUAUUUAUCAACAGCACUUGUACCAACUUUAUUAGUCGAAUUAAGAGGAUAUAUCAAAGAUAAUUAUUCAUUUAUGUACGAAUUUAAUUGUAAAAAGAAAGAAGGUGAAUUUUAUGAACAAAAUUAUGUGAAACAAAUUAUCAUGGCAUUAGGUGAACGAGAAAAACGUGAAUUAGAAUUAAUUCGUAUUAUACAGGCUAAAGAUAAAGAAUUAGAAGAUUAUCGAUCACAAGGCACAUGUCAAUUGCAACGUUCGUGGCUACAAACUCAAACAUUUAAUAAAGAACAAUUUAAUCGUACAACACGUUUAAAUCGUGAAACUCAAUCGGUUGUGACAAAUCCUCUUGGAUAUGCGUUUAAUAAAGAUGGACAAGAUUUGGUAGAAUGUUGUCUGCUACGAAAUGAAUAUAUGAAAGUAAAUAAUGAUUAUCUUAUUCAAAGUGGUCAACAACAGUCAGGACAACAAAUAUCACCUAUGAAAAAAACACCACAGAAAAGAACACAACAACCAGAAAUUAAAGAAGAUUUAGAAGAUUUAAUUGAAGAAGAACGUCGACGAAGCGAAUUAGAUAAACAAUUGAAACAACAAAAACUGUUAGAUGCUGAAGUGGUUAAGAAAAAAAAGAAAACGUUAUUUUAA